AUAUUAAAAUUACUACACGUUACAGAUCCAUGAAUACUUCUAGGAAAGUUUUAUCUCAGGAAGCGUGUCAACAGAUUGAAUCUGUGAACCAAUUCAGUUAAUUCAGUAAUGAGACUUUGCUGUUUGCAUGGCUGGUUUUUCUUUUUUCUUAUAGUUUUAUGUUGCAUGACUACAGUUAGAAUAUGUUAGUUUGAACACAGGAUCUAAGAAGAUGAGAAGAAAGUCUCCUUUUGCUAAAUAAUAAAAAAUGAGGAUAGCUUGCAUUUGGAUCAUUUAUUUGUUAAUUCUUCCUUGAAUAACACAUUUGGAUUUUGUCCUUCACUGUUUAGUGAGAAUCAGGAAUUAUUCAUAGCAUUACUCUUGGGAAUAGCAACAAUUUUUCUUGCCUUUAUUUGAGUCUGGAUUUCUGAUAGAAAGUUUAAAAAGAAAAAGAAAAUAAAUUUGAAAAUUCAAAGGCUACUGAAAAAGAAGCAUCAUUACUUAUGGAAAAUACUAUUUCAGAGGAAACAGAAGCAUUAGAAAUCAGCUAUUUCAACUUGUGAUUUUGUAAAUGAGAAAAACUGAAACUGUGAGAAGUUUAAUGAUUUGUCUUUAUUACACUAAAAAUGAGAGAACUUGGUCCUGAAUUCCUCCAUUAUAAUGUGAGGCAUUUAUCUAUUUGACUGAUAAAUGAAAUGAAUUUAAAAGAUUAGGCAUUCAGGGACAAGUUCUGAAUCCUAACUGCUGCACUAAUUUUUCCAUUAUACUUAGCUAUUGUACUAUGUACUUAGUUUUACUUAAGUAUUAUAUUAUUAUGUGAUUGAUAUCUAGCAACUUACUUCACUUUUUCAGGCAUCCGUUCCCUUGCAAUGAGAUGUAGGCUUAGCCCAGUUUGUCAACCUUGACCUCAUGGACAGUUUGCUGGGAGAAUUUGGCUUCCUGUGCAUCCUGACCCUCUAGCACCCCUCCCCACCCCAACAGCUCCAGUUGUAACUCAAAAAAAGUCUCCAGCAAUUGCUAAAUGUCCUAAGGGCAAAAUUGCCAGUCCUUCACCACCUUCACUGACUAGCUUAGUUGAAAUAAUUUCUUUGGGUUGUUCCAGUGGUACAACUGUGCUAUUCUAGACUGCAUGCUUAACUAAUAACAGCUUCGGCAGAAGAUAGCACUAAGCAUUACAAAUCAGGAAGUUUGUUGGGUACUGUGUACGAUGAUCAAACAGGACAUCACAUGAUUUAUGAACACUUACAAAGAUCAGUUUUUUUAGUAACAAUGUGAUAUGAAAUAUUUUUAAAGUUUAAGAGUGUUUAACAAAAACAUAAGUGACAUUUUUCAGGUAAGAAUUAUCUAUGUAUUUGUUAGCUGUAGAUACUAAAGACAACAAUUUGGUCAUUGUUCCAAAAAUAAAUAAGGACUCCUUGCUAACCAUAGGUGUUCACUGUGCUGUGUUGUCUUCUAUGCCCCACAACUGGGUAGGGCAGUUGGUUCUGCUAAGAUGUGUUAAAACAAACAUUAAAGGCUUCUGAGAGAAAAAGGUGACAAGUGCAUUGUCGUCCUUUGCAAAUGGAAGAAAGCCUUACUGUAUCUAGUGCACAGACAGGGUACUGUACAGGAAAACUAAGGCACAUCAGACACUUGUCUGACAGCUGACUCCUGACCAGAGAGCUAGUCUAAUGAACUCUGCUACACAGCACAAGGUUACUUUCCUCAUCAUACAUUGCUACAAGUUCCCUGAGGAAGUUUACUGACUUGUGUUUUUUAACGAGAACUGUAAAGAGGAGGUGGUGUUGGGAGAAGGUACACAGGCAAGCUCAGUUGCUAUAAGGACAAGUCUCCAUUCCUAACAUAUCUGAUUCCAACCUUAUAUCCAUUGCACCAUCCAAUCAGAGCUCUACAACAGACACUGUCACUCCAAUCACAACAAUAGUUGCUGCUGUACCUAAGAAAAGAUGUGAGGAAAAAUAUAACAUGAUCUCUGUGAAGUACAUAUAUGACAAUAAGUCUAAAUUAUAUGAUGUAAAGCUAGAUUAUCAUGGAGAGGAGCCAUGUCAAACUACAGAUUGUACCAGCAUGCUACAAGGACUAAAUGAAUGCUCAACAAAAUCUAUUAAUGUAUCUCACCCUUCUUGUGAGCCACCUAAAAUUUUAGAAUUACAUGUACCACCAGAGAAGGAAAAGUUCCAGUUAGUUGAUUGCACACCAGAUGAAAUAGCAAGUACUUCCAUUUGUCUAAUGUGGAGAAAAGAAGAAAGCUUUACUUGUAAAAUGACAAACUUUACAUACACAUUUCACUGUGGUGAUAAUUCAAAGACAACACCAUCUGAUAUGGACUUCAUUCAAUUAACAGGCCUUCUUCCCAAACAUAAUUAUAGCUGUUAUUCAGAAGUAUUCUAUGAAGGCCAAGAGUACAUCAAUAAGAGCAAACUUGUUGAAACAGAUUUUGGGAUUCCAGAAAAGCCUGAGGAGUUUAAUUGUUCUGCUAGUGAAAAGGAAAUAAAUGUUACCUGGAGUUCCCUUCAAAACUUACCCAAUGGAUUUAUUUUAUGUAAUAAGAAUAAUUCAGAAAAAAGCUGCAAAGAUCUGAAAAAGAACACAAGCACAGAGGUGUUGCGUGAUCUUCUCCCCUUUACUAUCUAUCAUAUAUCACUAUAUGCCUAUAACAAUGGAAAAGUAAAGCGUAAUGGAAACGCUGUGAGUUGUAGCAUUCAAACUAAAGAAGCCCCUCCAACUGAGGUCCAGGAACUGAUGGUCUACAGGAAGUCAGACAAUAGUAUAAAUGUCUCUUGUAAGCCUCCAAAGAGGAUUAAUGGUCCUGAGAGUACCUACCAUUUGGAAGUCAAGAGUGGAGGUGUGCUAUGCAGGAAUCAAUCUAAUAAAUCAUGCAGAUUCCUUGUAGAAGAUCUUCACUAUUUAACAGACUAUGAGAUUUGGGUCUAUGUUUACAAUGGAAAGUACUAUGGAUCUAAGGUGAUGCAGUACCAAAGGACAUCUUAUAAUUCUAGAGCACUGAUUAUAUUUCUGGCAUUUUUGAUUAUUGUGACAUCAAUAGCCCUGCUUAUUGUUCUCUAUAAGAUCUAUGAUCUGCAUAAGAAAAGAUCCAGCAAUUUAGAUGAACAACAGGAGCUUGUUGAGAGGGAUGAUGAAAAACAACUAAUGAAUGUGGAGCCAAUUCAUGCAGAUAUAUUGUUGGAAACUUACAAAAGAAAAAUUGCUGAUGAGGGACGGCUUUUUCUGGCUGAAUUCCAGAGCAUUCCACGGGUCUUCAGCAAAUUUUCCAUCAAAGAUGCUAGGAGACCUUCCAACCAGAAUAAGAACCGUUAUGUUGACAUCCUUCCUUAUGAUUAUAACCGUGUUGAACUCUCUGAAAUAAAUGGAGACGCAGCAUCUAACUAUAUAAAUGCCAGCUAUAUUGAUGGUUUCAAAGAACCCAGGAAAUAUAUUGCUGCACAAGGCCCCAGAGAUGAAACUGUUGAUGAUUUCUGGAGGAUGAUCUGGGAACAGAAAGCCACAGUCAUUGUCAUGGUCACUCGAUGUGAAGAAGGAAACAGGAACAAGUGUGCAGAAUACUGGCCAUCAAUGGAAGAAGGGACUCGGGCUUUUGGAGAUGUCGUUGUAAAGAUCAAUGAGCACAAAAGAUGUCCAGAUUAUACCAUUCAGAAACUUAACAUCACCAGUAAAAAAGAAAAGGCAACUGGAAGAGAGGUGACUCACGUUCAGUUCACCAGCUGGCCAGACCAUGGGGUGCCAGAAGAUCCUCACCUGCUCCUCAAGCUGAGAAGGAGAGUGAAUGCAUUCAGCAACUUCUUCAGUGGUCCCAUUGUGGUACACUGCAGUGCUGGCGUGGGACGCACCGGAACCUACAUUGGAAUCGACGCCAUGCUGGAAGGCCUGGAAGCCGAGGGCAAAGUAGACGUUUAUGGUUAUGUCGUCAAGCUGAGGAGACAGAGAUGCCUCAUGGUUCAGGUGGAGGCACAAUACAUCUUGAUCCAUCAGGCCUUGGUAGAAUACAACCAAUUUGGAGAAACAGAAGUGAGCUUGUCUGAAUUACAUUCAUGCCUGCAUAACAUGAAGAAAAGAGACCCGCCCAGUGAACCGUCUCCACUAGAGGCUGAGUUCCAGAGACUUCCUUCAUACAGGAGUUGGAGGACACAGCACAUUGGAAAUCAAGAGGAAAACAAAAAGAAAAACAGAAAUUCUAACAUCAUUCCAUAUGACUUUAACAGAGUGCCACUUAAACAUGAGCUGGAAACCAGCAAAGAGAGCGAGCAUGAGUCAGAUGAAUCAUCUGAUGAGGACAGCGACUCAGAGGAAACAAGCAAAUACAUCAAUGCAUCCUUUAUAAUGAGUUACUGGAAGCCAGAAAUGAUGAUUGCUUCCCAAGGACCACUGACAGAGACCAUUGGUGACUUUUGGCAGAUGGUCUUCCAAAGAAAAGUCAAGGUCAUUGUUAUGUUGACAGAGCUACAAAAUGGAGACCAGGAAAUCUGUGCUCAGUACUGGAGAGAAGGAAAGCAAACCUAUGGAGAUUUAGAAGUUGAUAUGAAAGAAACAAGCAUAUCUCCAUCUUAUACUCUUCGUGUGUUUGAACUGAGACAUUCCAAGAGGAAAGAUCCUCGUACUGUGUACCAGUACCAGUAUACUUCCUGGGGUAUGGAACAGCUGCCAACAGAGCCCAAAGAAUUAGUCUCUCUGAUUCAGCUCCUCAAACAAAAGCUUCCCAAGAAGAAUUCCACAGAAGGAAAUAAGUGUCACAAGAGUGCACCUGUCUUAAUUCACUGCAGAGAUGGAUCUCAGCAAACAGGGGUAUUUUGUGCUCUGUUAAAUCUCUUGGAAAGUGCAGAAACAGAAGAGGUUAUAGACGUUUUUCAAGUAGUAAAGUCUCUACGCAAAGCUAGACCAGGAAUGGUUUCCACAUUUGAGCAAUACCAGUUCCUGUAUGAUAUCAUUGCCAGCACCUACCCUGCCCAGAACGGACAAGUAAAGAAAAUCAGCAAACAUGAAGACAAAAUUGAAUUUGAUAAUGAAGUGGACAAAGCAAAGCAGGAGGCUAAUUGUGUGAGUCCACCCAGUGCCCCAGAUAAGACCCAUGAAGGAAACCAAGUGAUGGAAGCCACAAGUGGCAAUGAGUGGCCUGAACAACCUGUCAAUGGUCCAGCAAGCCCAGUUUUAACUCAGAGCUCAUAGGAAAAGACAACCCAAACCUCACUCACUGUUACUUCCAUUUCUAUUUUACUACAGGAGAAAUAUUUAAGUCAUUUUUUCUAAAAUGUUUUGUACAGGCUUACCCUUAUUUUUAAAAUUUAUCUGUCAUUCAACAAAAACCUUGUUUGUAGUCUUUGCAUGUGGAUGUUUGCAUGUGCACGUGUGUGUGUACGAUUGACAGAAUCUAAAUGCUCCUGAGAAACUCCCUUUUUGCAAUAUUGGAACUGUUAAUGUAGAUUGAAAGAUCUAAUUUUCAAAUCGUGUCACAUGUGGACGAUGUAAGAAUAAUGUGUACAUUUCUGGAAUCACCUCAAGAUGUCCUCCUCGUUCUACUCAUAAAUACCUUACAGCUUACUGCUUUACUUCUAGACACAGUGCAGAAAAAGUAGUUAGUGGGGUACAGCUAUUACACAAAUGUUAACUAAAUUAGCAUUUGAAAAUAUUGUACUCCAUAUGUUAAAAUGUUAAAACUUAGUCCAAUAGCUUUUAAGCAUACUUAUCCUAAUUUAAGCUUUUUAAGGGAGUUUAGACUGCUGGCUACAUAGGGUUUACAGCUUCACAACAUGGAUUAGUCACUGUAAAAUACGUGAAAUCUAUUGCUUGAUAAUUGUGACCAAAUUUAAGUUUGUUACAAUUGAACUUAAAUAAACAUCUUUAAAAUAAGCAAAUGCAAUAUAGGACUCAGAGGAGGCAGGAGAGGAAAAGAGAGUGAUGGGCAGUCAACAAUAUCAAAACACAUGACAUCUGUGUAGGUAGAGGACUUAACAGAACAUACUGAAAGCAGGUACAUAAUGGGGGUAGGAGGGAAAGGGUAAAGAAGAGUAAUAGGGUGGACUAAUCUGACCAAAGCACAGUAUAUUCACAGCUGAGAAACCAUGGAGAAACCUCUUUAAACAAUGAAUAUGAAAGUUAAAGUGAAGAGCAAGAUUGUAAAAUAGGUCCUGUGAGGCGGUGGAUACUUACAGGAAGAGAGAGGGUGAAUGGAGGUGAUAAAGGAGGGCAAAUAUGGUUGAUAUACUUCAUAUACUUAUAUGAAAUAAAAUAAUUUAACCUUUGUCAUAGUUUUAAGCACAAGGAGAAGGGGAUGAGAGAGAGAGGAGGUGUACCUAAGCAAGGUGCAAUGUACACAUGUAUGGAAAUGUCACAAUGAAUUCCCCAUACAACUAAUAAAGGUUAAUUUUAAAAAGCUCCUCUGAUAAAAAUGGGAUCAUGCAAAUAUAUUUGUGCCAAAUAUUUACAUUAAAACAUAAUUCAGUUAUUUUAUGAAAUUGGACAUUGGUGUGAGAAAUAUAUACUGCACGUGAGUAUUCCCGUGCUUACUCCAUCCUUCAUCUUCAUUAAAGUGCAUUUAGUUUGAAUUUUUCAAAUGCUUAGAUUGCUUUUACCAGGAAUUAAUACCAAUUGUCAUAAUAAUAUUUAAGUGUUAUCUUUCUUGCUUAUACUAUAUCAAGUGUGUUUCAUGUGUUCACAUAUGAAAUGUGUAUGUACGUAUUAAAGUAGCUUAAUGCAGUUAAUAACAUUUUUUGGAACAUUUUUACAAGUAUCAGUUUUUUUUAAAAAUGACUCAUAGUCUACUAACUGUAUAGGAUCUAGGACCUAAGAAACUCAAGAAUAGUAAUAUUUUUAUUUUCCAGUAUGUAAUAAAAACAACUCCUUUUGUGAAUUAUGCAUCUUAUCACAUUUUUUCACAUACUACCUUUGGGUUGGGUUGGUUUUUCUAUGUCUUCAUACCUCUGGUGGCUUUUAAAUGGCUUAGCUAUACAUCAUUGAUUACUGUUGAAACAACUCACUUCAUUUUGUGUUCUUAGUUCUAAUUCUUUUAUUAUUAUAACACAUAAAAUUAGCUACUAAUCCUUAUGUUAUUGUAUAGUCUUUUAUGAAACCCAUGAAGAAAAGUGAAAUUUACAAUGGAACAAUUUCAAUGUUACAUUAAGUGAACUAUCACCUUUUUACUUACUAGUGAGCAAAAAGGAAUU